AUGUUUCACAACAUCGCCUCCAACGUGAUGAGCCAAGUCCUGCUGAACAAACGCUUCAAAUACAACGACGAGUUCACCAGAAAGUAUGUGGACAGUUUCAUCACCGUGAACAACAUGAUAUAUGGACGUUGGAGUUUUCUGUAUGACACUUUUCACUGGACAUUAAAAAGCAUGACCUCCUCUGUCAUAAGUGAGCAUAAGGAGACCAGAGUUCCGGGACAGCCUCGGGACUUCGUGGACUGCUACUUGGACGAAAUGGACAAGAGAGUUCACACAUCUUUUUGUCCAGAAGAGCUGUUGAUGUCUUGUAUCAAUCUUCACACUGCUGGGAGUGACACCGCUUCCAACACUUUGCUCACUGGCUUCCUCUACCUCAUGACCAGGCCUCACAUCCAGGCUCCUCUCUCCUCUCUCCCCUCUCUGACCCGGUUUGACUGCAUCAUCCAGGCUCCUCGCUCCUAUCUGACCAUGUUGAUCGCCGUCCUGCUGCUGGUGAUAUGCGUGUUCUUCGUCAUCACACUCCUGAAGUCUGGAAGACCCAAAAACUUCCCCCCCGGACCCACUCCGCUUCCCCUUUUGGGAAACAUACACAAUUUGAGCCCGACAAACCCGAUGAAGGACAUGGAGAAGUUGAGGAAGACCUAUGGGAACGUGUACAGCCUGUACAUCGGGCGCAGAGCUGCUGUGGUGGUGAGCGGGCUGCAGGCUCUAAAGGAGAUGCUGGUGAACAAAGGGGUGGACUUCGCCGGACGGCCUCAGGACAUGUUCAUGAACGACGUGGUGGAGCACAGAGGGGUGGUCCUGGCUGACUAUGGCCAGUCCUGGAAGGAUCACCGACGCUUUGCCUUGACCACCAUGAGGAACUUUGGGAUGGGAAAACAGUCUAUGGAACAGAGGAUCCUGGAGGAGGUUCAGUACACCGUGGAGAACCUGGAGAAAAACACAGGCAAAACUCUGAGCCCUGACGUCAUGUUCCACAGCAUCGCCUCCAACAUUGUGUCUCUGGUUUUGUUCGGCUCACGCUACGAACAUGACAACAAAAUUAUUACUACGCUCGUGGACAGUUUCGAUGACGUAAACAAGACUUUGAACGGACCCUGGGCUUUUUUGUAUGACUCCUUUCACUUUGUGCGAUACCUGCCUUUGCCAUUCACCAAAGCUUUUAAGGCCCGACAGACCGUAAGAGACAUUCUAAUGCCGAUUAUAUAUGAGCACCAGAAAAACAGAGUACAGGGAGACCCACAGGACUUGGUUGACUGCUAUUUGGAUGAACUGGAGAAGAGGGGGGAUGAUGGCUCUUCAUUUUGCAUAGAGGAACUGUUCAUGUUUUGUGUUAAUCUCUACGGAGCUGGGACUGACACCACGUCCAGCACCCUGCUGACCGGCUUCCUUUACCUCAUGACCAAGCCUCACAUUCAGGAGCGCUGUCAGCAGGAAAUAGACUCAGUGUUAGAGGCAAAGGACAUCAUCUCUUGUGAGGACAGAGUCGACAUGCCCUACGUCCAGGCAGUAAUUCAUGAAAUCCAGAGGCUCGCUGAUGUGGUUCCCCUCAGUGUUUUACACACGAGCACCAAAGACACACAGCUGAUGGGCUACUGCAUUCCCAAAGGCACUAUAGUGUUCCCCAACCUGUCCUCAGCGCUCAGUGAGGAGGGACAGUGGAAGUUUCCUCAUGAAUUCAACCCUGAAAACUUUCUCAACGACAAAGGGGAGUUUGUCAAACCUCCGGCCUUCAUGGUUUUCUCAGCUGGCCCUCGGGUGUGUAUGGGGGAGAGCCUGGCCCGUAUGGAGCUCUUCCUCAUCCUGGUGACUCUUCUGAGGAGGUUCCGGUUCGUUUGGCCUGAGGACGCAGGAGAGCCGGACUACGAGCUGGUGUUUGGGAUCACUGUGUGUCCAAAACCUUACAGAAUGAAGGUGGAACUGAGGCCUGCGCAGUGA